AUGUUCGGUGAGCGACUGGUGAUCCCAUCGAGUUUCCGAAAGCGUUGCCUGCAUCAUCUUCACCGAGGUCAUCCAGGAAUGCAGCGUAUGAAAGCAAUUGCACGUAGCUAUGUCUACUGGCCGUCGCUGGAUGUGGACAUCGUGGCUCACGUCAGUUCCUGCCAUCAUUGCGCAGCAGUAGCUAAAAGCCCACCAAGGUCCGCACCGCUGUCGUGGCCAAAGCCAACAUAUCCGUGGCAGCGCGUGCACAUAGACUAUGCUGGACCGAUUGAAGGAGAAUAUUUUCUACUGAGCGUCGAUGCCUACUCCAAGUGGGUUGAAAUAGUCAAAACCAAAUCAACUACUGCUUUCACUACCAUCAACAUGCUUCGCAGCUUGUUUGCCCGUCUCGGUAUGCCUGAAACAUUGGUUAGCGACAAUGGUCCACAGUUCGCCAGUGCCGAAUUCGACAAGUUCUGCUUAGAGAAUGGUGUCAACCACAUUACUACAGCACCGUAUCACCCACAAUCAAACGGGCAAGCGGAAAGAUUUGUGGACACCUUUAAAAGAUCAGUGAAGAAAAUUAGAGAGGGGAAAGGAGCCAUCCAGGAAGCAUUAGACAUAUUUCUAAUAACCUACCGAACAACGCCGAAUCCAGCUACACCGGAAGGUAAAUCACCAUCGGAAGCAAUGUUUGGGCGCAAGAUUCGCACCAGCCUAGACUUGCUGUGUCCGUCAACCGUUCCGGCCGUUGAAUCCACUAUAGAAGCAAAGAUUCACCGGUGA